GCCGCGAACACGGCAUGCACGGCUAUCCAAGCCGGCCGAGGGCCGAAACCAAUAGUUCAAGUCUUUAGGGGUGAAGUCCAUAUGUGUUAGCCGUGAUGAGAGCGUCUUAAAUUAUUAAUUCAAAAGGAUACGAUCCAUUUCAACGUUAUUUGGAUCUAGUAGUAUAUAAUCUUACGACGACCUCACUCAAACGAUCGGUAAGUAUCCCAUUACCUUCUUCCGACACAGCUCAAGUUAUUCUCGGUUGGCUGUCUCAAUACAAACUUCCCAAUUCUCCAUAUAUUUUUGUUCUUGCCGUUACACCAUGGCCUCAAUCAAAUAUACUACUCCUCCCGGCUUCACCCAAACCCUGUCUGACGCCGUCCACUACUCCCAAGCCGUCGAUCUCGGCAACGGCCACUUCAAGAUCUCAGGUCAAGGUGGCUGGAACGCCAAAGGCGAAAUACCAUCCGACAUCAAAACAGAAACUGAACAAACAAUUCAAAACGUUGACGAUAUUCUCAAAGCGGCUGGUCUUCGUGGCUGGGAAGACGUCUACUACGUACGCAGUUAUCACACCGAUAUUGACGCGACACUAUCUCCUCUAGCUGAGGCUCUUAAGAAGCGUAUUCCUGAUAAUAGACCUGGAGGCGUUGUGUUGGGUGUUGCGAAGUUGGCCUUGCCCGGUAUGAGGUUGGAGAUUGAGGUUGAUGCUAAGACUUCGAACUUGAGGGGACCAUCAGCGAAGAUCUAACUUCGAUCAGCUCCAAGGAAAGAUAUGUAGCAAGAACCCUUCGAAGAAAUCAGAC